AUGCGACCAGGGGAUACACCUACCACUCAGCCAACGCCGGGCGUUGGCUGGAAUAUACAUCGUUUCUUAACAUUGCCUUUUUGUUUCAAGGGCCAUUUUGAUGGACUCAAGCUUCGACGACUUAGAAUCCCAGAAUUCCAUCACCUAGACAUAGAGUUCUCUCCAUCCGGCCGUAUUCUUCACCAAACGCGGUUCUGUGACUUAAUAUGGUCAACAAUACCGAAACCACUUGCGAUAUUCCCUUCUCCCGGUUCUCCCGGUGAGCAUGUUCGUAUCGACCGCAAUCAGAAUGAUGGUCAGCAACUAUCCAAUAUCGUCCAGCAUAUCGACUUUAACAAGCCUGGAACAAGUGGCUACUCGUUUUGUGGGUACCGGGAUAAUUUGAUCGAGAUCAUUCCGAAUGAUAAUGAAUCACUUCCUUUCGACGUCGCCCACGCCGAAGGUGGUCUCUUUCCGCUUUGGUGGAUGUACUUAAGCCUCGACGAAGGUGAACGGAUCUCGGAACUCUGGGAACGGAUCUACUUCACAGGCACCCAAUGGUGA